GUCGAGCGGGGUGUGGGAUCACCGAGUCGUGCGGGCGCAGAGCGGACCGGAGGGCGGCAAGAUGUUCAGCUGGAUGGGGCGGCAGGCGGGCGGGCGCGAGCGCGUGGGCGGCGCGGACACGGUGCAGACGGUGACCGGCGGCCUGCGCUCGCUCUACCUGCGCAAGGUGCUGCCGCUGGAGGAGGCGUACCGCUUCCACGAGUUCCACUCACCCGCGCUGGAGGACGCCGACUUCGAGAACAAGCCCAUGAUCCUGUUGGUGGGCCAGUACAGCACGGGCAAGACUACCUUCAUCAGGUACUUGCUAGAGCAGGAUUUCCCAGGCAUGCGGAUUGGCCCAGAGCCCACCACGGACUCCUUCAUCGCUGUGAUGUAUGGGGAGACAGAGGGCAGCACCCCGGGAAACGCGUUGGUCGUGGAUCCCAAAAAGCCAUUCCGAAAACUUAGUCGUUUUGGAAAUGCUUUCCUGAAUCGGUUCAUGUGCUCCCAGCUGCCCAACCAGGUCCUGAAGAGCAUCAGCAUCAUUGACAGCCCGGGCAUCCUGUCUGGGGAGAAGCAGCGCAUCAGCCGAGGGUAUGACUUCUGCCAGGUCCUGCAGUGGUUUGCAGAGCGGGUCGACAGGAUCAUCCUGCUCUUCGAUGCUCAUAAACUAGACAUCUCGGACGAGUUCUCAGAAGCCAUCAAAGCCUUCCGGGGCCAGGACGACAAGAUCCGGGUGGUGCUCAACAAGGCUGACCAGGUGGAUACACAGCAGCUGAUGCGUGUCUACGGGGCCCUCAUGUGGUCCCUGGGCAAGGUCAUCAACACGCCCGAGGUGCUGCGUGUCUACAUCGGCUCCUUCUGGGCGCAGCCCCUGCAGAACACCGACAACCGCAGGCUCUUCGAGGCCGAGGCCCAGGACCUCUUCAGGGACAUCCAGAGCCUCCCGCAGAAAGCAGCCGUGCGCAAACUCAACGACCUCAUCAAGCGGGCCCGGCUGGCCAAGGUACAUGCCUACAUCAUCAGUUACCUGAAGAAAGAGAUGCCGAGUGUAUUUGGAAAGGAAAACAAGAAGAGAGAGCUUAUCAGCAGGUUACCAGAAAUCUACAUUCAGCUGCAGCGAGAAUACCAGAUUUCUGCAGGGGACUUCCCCGAGGUCAAGACCAUGCAGGAACAGCUUGAGAACUACGACUUCACCAAAUUCCACUCACUGAAGCCAAAGCUGAUCGAGGCCGUGGACAACAUGCUGAGCAACAAGAUCUCGUCACUGAUGAGCCUCGUCAGCCAGGAGGAAAUGAGCAUGCCCACGCAGCUGGUGCAGGGCGGCGCCUUCGACGGCACCACCGAGGGGCCCUUCAACCAGGGCUACGGGGAGGGCGCCGGGGAGGGCGCUGACGAGGAGGAGUGGGUCGUGGCCAAGGACAAGCCCAUCUACGACGAGCUCUUCUAUACCCUAUCGCCUGUCAACGGCAAGAUAACGGGUGUCAAUGCCAAAAAGGAGAUGGUGUCCUCCAAGUUACCCAACAGCGUCCUGGGCAAGAUCUGGAAGCUGGCCGACUGUGACUGUGACGGCAUGCUGGACGAGGAGGAGUUCGCACUAGCCAAGCACCUCAUCAAGAUCAAGCUGGACGGCUACGAGCUGCCCAGCAGCCUGCCCCCCCACCUCGUGCCCCCCUCUCACAGGAAGUGCCUGCCGAAUGCCGACUGAGGGGCGGGCUGCAAACGGGGCGGGUGGUGUGGGGUGGGAACCAAGGACCUGGACCUGAGGCCUCCUCAGCCACUAACUCACUGAGGACCCUGGCCAAGGCACUGCCCGUCUGUGCCUCCGCUUUCCCAUCUGUAGUAUGAGGAGGGCAGGCACUGCACAUGAGAUGGUCUCUAAGGUCCUUCCAUCGCUAAAAUUCCCUGAGCUCCUAUUGAGAGAUGGGGCGGGGAGGGGGUGACAAGAUUGAAGGUUGAGAAGAAAGGGAAAUCGUCCAGAGUACUCAGAAGCCUGGAGAAACUGGUGCAGAGGUGAGCUGGCUUUGUAGAAUCCCAGGAACCCCGGGAAGUGAGGUGGGGGCUCUUCUGGAGUGGUUGAGCCUUCUGGGCUUACUUGGGCUAUGUAUCAUUGUGAACAACUUCUGUAGCACCUGUCUGUCGCUCAGAGGAUACCACGAGGGAGAAAAGAAGUUCUUAUUUAUUUUGUUUCCUGCUAUUUUAGAGUGGAGAAAUAGCAGAGAGAGCUUCUGUUAUCUCCAAAUUGUCUACCAAAGAGAAGACACAUGCCCCAAGUUUGACAGGAGGAGGAGCUUCGUCUGUGUGUGCCCCAUCCCACCCCCAGGCUCAAGCAGCGCAGGUGGCCAGGCUAGCAGAUCACAUCUGUCCCAGCACACCGCACUGGCCCACCCUUCUGGGUCCCCUCCCAGGGCCUUCCCAGGAAAGCUGCGUUUGGUUAGGAAUUUGGAACCCUCAAACUUUAUUAACCCCUGGAAAGAUUUCUAGUAUACAUUUAAAGACACAUUGAAGUCUAAAGAUUUGCUUUUCUUACCAGUUUGUCCAAUAAUUUGUAGCUCAGUCUAUCAUGCUUAACCGUUAAUUGUCCCCAAAGUUCUUUGGCCAAUGGCAGAAUUUAAAUUCAGCAAGAACAGUUCUUGGUGCCCACAGUGUCCUAGGCAGUGUGGACAAAUGGGUGAGUGGAGUCAGGGAGAAGAGUUAGACACUAUUUUUGUAGGAAAUGGAUACUUUUAUUAUAUCCAGUUUUUGUUUUUGUUUUUGUUUUUUCCCUUACAGAAUAAAAGCCUUUAUACAGAAACAGGAUGGAAUCUUUCACACAAACCUCUUCCAAAGGCAGUGUGGCUUGUUCAUGAAUGCAAAUCACCAGGCAGGCCUUAUGCACUUACCCUCACGUGGGCUCCUGAGAACCCUUUCCCAGGCCCCUGUGUAAGCCCCUCUGGACUGUCCCCUCACAGGCCUGUGUCAGGGGACAGUGGCUUAUUCUCUCCAUCACCCUCCCUGCUCUGUGGGCACCUGCUUGGGGGUGCAGAUGAGUCCCAUUGUUAUGCGCUAAGAGAAAGACAGAAAACAGCCAAGUCUGCAAGGCCAGAGCCCUGCCAGCAUAGGAAAUGAAAUGAAAUUAGAGCAGUCCCAUGUGACUCUUCCAAAACCACACGUGGUUUUGUUUUGUUUUUUUUCUUUUUUUCCUGUCACCUGCCUCUGGUGAUGCCCAGGGCAGAUCUGCGGACUUAAGAGAAAAUAUUUAUUUUGGGGAAAUUUAUCCAGAUCCCAGCUCUCACAUACCCUAGCUUACUUUGUAAUUUAGUUUUAAGAGAAUUAAAUGUGAAGGUUUUUAAUCUUCACAAGCACUUUUAAAUUAAUUAGACACAUAGAAGAGGAACAUUUAGAACUCCAGUACUGUAACAGGAGCAGACAGCUUAGUGAGGGCUGUCAGCCGGGAAUGUGUCGGCAGGGUCCACCAGAGGGAGCUCAUUUGUCCAAAGGUUUAGAGAUGCCAAAGUCAGCUGGUUUUCCAGUCAGAAUUAUUUUGCUUCUUUAGCUCUAUUCAAUUGUCAUAUAUAAACAUAUAAAUAUAUGCACAUAUAUAUAUCACCUGAGUAUGUGUUUUUUUUAUUUCUCAUGAAUGUGUGCGCAUGUAUAUAUGGCCGAGUUUUGUCUAUGCAGAGACAUAUACGAAAAGUUUUUUGCAGGGCAGCAGGCUGAGGUUUCCGCUUUCUACAUGCAAGGAGAUGUCUCAGGGCAUGAUGGUGCCCGCCACCCCCCACCCCGGCCCUCAGCUGCGGGGUCAGGCGGGAGAGGUGGCUGGUAGCUGAACUUCUUUCCCUGCCUGCAGGGUCCUGGUGGUAGCCUUGCAAAAACGAAUGGAAGUCACGUGUCCGUUUUUCUUACGAUCCUGUCUUACAGCAUGAAGUCCUUCAUCAUGAAAAGUUGACUGAAAAGGAAAAUACUAGAAAACUGUAGGGAUGGUGACCUAGUGAGGACUCGAUCUUCCCAGGACGAGCACAGAGUGCCUUAGUCUGCGUCCAGUCUGCUUGUAAGCCCACCUCACUCCACACAGCC